CCCUCCCUGUUCUACCACCUGGGUGUGAGGGAAAGCUUCAGCAUGGCCAACAACAUCAUCCUGUACUGUGACACCAACUCCGACUCGCUACAGUCCCUACAGGUAAGCGGUGUGGGCAUGCUUGCGCGCACACACACAUGCCUGACAUAAACAUAUCUGCAGCCUGUUAUUUUCUCAUCACUUUGUCCACACAUUAAUCAUUAAUGUUCCCACAAUAUAUUUAAUGUAAUAAGGCUCAUCAGGUUAAUGACAUUUUUUACAUUUUAGUCAUUUAGCAGACGCUCUUAUCCAGAGCGACUUACAGUUAGUGAGUGCAUACAUUUUUCAUACUGGCCCCCCGUGGGAAACGAACCCACAACCCUGGCGUUGCAAGCGCCAUGCUCUACCAACUGAGCUACAGGGGACUACGGUAUAUGUAAAGGAAAUGCUCCUUCACUAGACAUUGGACUCUUUUAAAUGUAUAUGAAGUUAUUUAUUUAGAGGGAGUCAUGUCUGAGAGGUUGAUUUUAAACUGCUGUUCCAAUUGCGUCCACUGGAUGGCAAUAGCAAUUGUGUUAAGCAAGCAAACUGUUUAUACCGGGGCAGAGCAAGUAGGUCAAGCACGUGCAGCCAAUGAGCUACUUUGUUUUGCCCGCGAUAUUUAUUACGGCUUCUACUUUUAACAUUAUGUGCUUUGGCACCCUCAUUGCCCCAAUAUGUCUCUGUCAAAAAAGAGAAAAGUGGACGCAGAGUGUUCCAAGAAAAAUGGUAAUCCUAUUUAAUCACGGAAUUGAAUGGGAAAGCUGUAUGUUUGGUGUGUUCAGAGCAUGUUGCAGUGCUGAAAGAAUAUAACCUUCGUCGCCACUAUGUGAGUCUUCAUGCCGACAAAUAUGACAACUUUCAAGGACAGCGGAGAUGAGAGAAGGUGAAUGAACUGUUGGCGGGUCUGAAGAAACAGCAGUCUGUGUUUACUCACAGCCGAGACAUCAGUGACGCUGCAGUGAAAGCUAGCUACCUCAUUGCUAAUGAAAUCGCAGUUGCUUCAAAACCAUUUAGUGAGGGUGAAUUUGUAAAAACAUGCAUGAUGAAGGCAGCGGAGAUUGUGUGCCCUGAAAAGCGGCAGGCUUUUGCAAAUAUCAGCCUGACAAGAAACACAGUUGCAGACAGGAUUUCCGAUCUUUCAGUGGAUUUGGACAGCCAGUUGAAGCAAAAAGUAAAGUCAUUUAUUGCGUUUUCGGUUGCAAUUGAUGAAAGCACGGACAUUACAGAUGUUGCACAACUGGCCAUUUUUUCAUCCGCGGAGUUGAUGACACAUUGACCGUCACCGAGGAGUUCGUGGAGUUGGUGCCGAUGACAGAUACAACGACAGCAGCUGAUAUUUUUACUGCACUCGUCGGCGCGCUGGACAGGGUCGGAGUGGACUGGUCCCGCGCUGUCAGCCUGGCUACAGAUGGUGCGCCCUAAAUGAUCGGGAAAAAAGCAGGCGUUGUGACAAAGUUCAGAGAGAAAGUGCAAUCUGCAAAUGGAGGACGUGAUUUUUUGACUUUUCACUGUAUAUUGCACCAGGAGGCUUUGUGUUGCAAGUCAUUAAAGAUGGAUAACGUCAUGAAGGUGGUCAUCCAAACUGUUAAUUUCAUCCGAUCCAGAAGCCUGAAUCACCGUCAGUUUGACAGCCUUCUCAGAGAGAAAGACCACAUCUAUGGCCUGCCAUACCACACUGAGGUAAGAUGGUUAAGCCGAGGUGCUGUGCUGAGGCAUUUCUUUGAUUUACGAGAAGAAAUUGAACAGUUCAUGGAAGAAAAGGGCAAACCAGGGUUAGAAUUUCAUUCCGCAGAAUGGAUGCCGGACCUUGCAUUUAUGGUGGAUGUUACAGAGCACCUGAAUAACUUGAACAAACAGCUGCAAGGGCGCAACAAAGUUGUCACGCGGUAUUAUGACAGCAUACGUUCUUUCAAGUUGAAGCUGUCAUUGUGGGAGACGCAACUUGCCGGUGGUGAUGCAGCUCACUUCCCCUGUCUGAAAAAUGUGUGUGCGACCCAACAUGUGGCAGACAUGAAGCGGUUCAAAGAUAAAAUAACGGGACUGUUACGGGAGUUUGAGCAACGCUUUCAGAUUUAUGUAUAUGUUUUUAUGUUGAUGUGCUAUUGUUUUUAAUUGUUUUUAUUUUAUUUGUAUAUUUAACCUAUUCUUGACUCUGUGGUUCUUGCACUUGUUUGGGGAACAGGAUUUCAUUAUUUUUAUCUACAUUUCUGCCUGAGAAAUGACACCCUGAUAUAGUUCUGUGAUCUGUGAUAUACUUCUGUGAAUCACUGAGGCAUUGUGUGUUUGUGUGUUCUUUGUCCUCAGAACUUUCAAAUAACUUGAGGUGUUUUAUGAUUAAUAGUGAUGUUGUGCUUUUGGACACUGUCCUCAGGCUCCAGCUUUAUGUUUAUAUGUUUUUAUGUUGAUGUGCUAUUGUUUUUAAUUGAUUUUAUUUUAUUUGUAUAUUUAACCUAUUAUUGACUCUGUGGUUCUUGCACUUGUUUUGGGAACAGGAUUUCAUUAUUUUUAUCUACAUUUCUGCCUGAGAAAUGACACCCUGAUAUAGUUCUGUGAUCUGUGAAACAGUUCUGUUAAUCACUGAGGCAUUGUGUGUUUGUGUGUUCUUUUUCUUUAGAAUUUUCAAAUAAACUUGACGUGUUUUAUGAUUAAUAGUGAUGUUGUGCUUGUACUAUUUUGGACACACUGUCCUCAGGCUCCAGCUUUAUGUUGUAUGUUGAUCGUAUUAAAACAAAGAAAACAAUCUGAAGUUGUUGUUUUUAAGUUAUAUAUACCAUGAUUUUUCCGGUCCGGCCCACUUGGGAAUAGAUUUUCCUCCAUGUGGCCCCUGAGCUAAAACGAGUUUGACACCCCUGUUUUAGAACCUUUGAAUUGCCAAACCGUUUUGUUGUUUUAUCUUGCUCAUUUUGCACAAAUGUAGUUUUUUAUUCUCUGUGUACUUUUUAAGCCUUUAAGUGCACAAGGUCACAGUCUAUAUUUAGAAUAUGAGUGUGUGGGGAACAUGUAAUAGCUGUAAUUGCUGUUGUGUUGUAGUGACAGGUAAACACAUUAGUGAUUUGUUGGUAGGAGAUGCAUUAGCACCUAGACAGGGUAUGGUGUGUUUCAUAAGAUAUUAGGGCUAUGUAAAAAUAGCAUUUGACUGAAGAAAAAAAUCAACACACACAAUUUGGUUUAAUAUUGCACCCCUUUACCUCUGUUUAGCCCUCUAGUCUUGUAAAAGAGAACGUUGAUGACAGGGAAAUGUGUUUAUGACCAACUGACUCAUAUCCUGGCAAUUAAAGGCCCAGUGUACUCAAAAAUGUGAUUUUCCUGUGUAAUAUCUAUACUGAACAAAAAUAUAAAUGCAACAUGUAAAGUGUUGGUCCCAUGUUUCAUGAGCUGAAAUAAAAGAUAAUAGAAAUGUUCCAUACACACAAUCAUUACACAGGUGCACCUUGUGCUGGGGACAAUAAAAGGCCACUCUAAACAACUUCAGUGGGCAAAUGCUCACCUUCAGUGGCCACUGGCACGCUGGAGAAGUGUGCUCUUCACAGAUUAAUCCCGGUUUCAACUGUACCGGGCAGAUGGCAGACAGCGUGUAUGGCGUUGUGUGUGCAAGCGGUUUGCUGAUGACAACGUUGUGAACAGAGUGCCCCAUGGUGGCAGUGGGGUUCUGGUAUGGGCAGGCAUAAGCUACGGACAACGAACACAAUUGUAUAGCGAUGGCAAUUUGAAUGCAUAGAGAUACCGUGACGAGAUCCUGCGGCCCAUUGUUGUGCCAUUCAUCCGGAGCCAUCACCUGAUGUUUCAGCAUGAUAAUGCAUGUCCUCAUGUUACAAGGAUCUGUACACAUUGACUGAUUUCCUUAUAUGAACUGUAACUCAGGAAAAUCUUUGAAAGUGUUGCGUUUAUAUUUUUGUUCAGUGUAUAUAUUUCCACACGAGGUUGGAAUAAUACUGUGAAAUUGUGAAAAUUAUGAUAAUGCCCUUUAAGUGUAAUAGCUGUUUGAAAAGACCGCCUGAAAUUUCAUUUAGCUAAAACCUCUCUGCCAAUAACAGCUAAUUUUCAGUUUUCCCCUCCCCAGUCAGACCACUCCCAGACAGUCCUAGCAAAAUUCUUGCUUUAAAAAUUGCUCUUAACUAAGAAGCAAUUUGUUAGUUUUUGAUCAUUUUAAUUGAAAACAAUCACUGUAAGGUACAUAGUUGUUACCCAGAAAUUAUUUGAUAUUGCGUUUUUUGUUUUUUUACGGCUGCAAUGGACCUUUAACCUUCGGCCCUGAGUCUGUCAGGCGAUGGAUGCAUAGUCGAGUUAACAUUAGCCUAAACUGGUUUGAAAAGUGAGAGAGCCUUGCAGCCACAUGGGAAUCCCCUAUCAAUGACCACCAACAACAACACACAGGCAUGCAAGUAAGAGAAUGGGGAGAUUAUGGUUUCCUGUGGGUAUAAAUGCAGAAACCAAGACACCCCACACACUCCUGUAACCUGCUAUGCUCUGCUCUGACACUGUCAUUGACAUAAAAAAGCAUUGCAAUCUUUUGAAAUUGUCGUAAAUUCCUCAAAGAAUAAGUAAUAUUUUACAAAGUGUACCCUAACAUAAAUAUUCUGCCUGUAAUCUUGAUAAACUAUAUCCUCCAUCUCCACCCACGUACAUACACCCUGCAGUAAUAAAAAUAGGACUUUCUGUAGUGGUUUUAACAUAUCACUAUCAGCCUGCAGUCUUCAAACUGAAGGUUAAGAGUAACAAUGGCUGCUGUGUUAACCGUUAUAGAUUGUUUAGAAUAGCAUAGGAACCUGCAUUAAAGAUACUCCAUUGUGUACAAGUGCUGAGGUUCAACCUCUUUUUAAAGUGCCUUUUACCAUGUCUAAAAUGUCCAUGGUUGUUUGCUGGCCCUUAGCCUACACACAAUGGCACUGCAAAAUGAAGUGCUAGUGCUAAUGUAUCCGCAUUUCUACUGGUUUUGUUUGCAACUGCAGGAGUCCAAUUAUAGCUUGACUUAAGGAUGGCUCUAGUGAACUGUGACCAAUGUAAUGUUUGUGAUUUUCUACAUCAGCCCUGCGAACUCACUUACUCACCACAAUGCAGUAUUGACAUUUCUCUUUUUCUCUUGCAGGAGAUUGUUUGCCAGAAGAACACUGUAAGUACACAAACUAAACACUGUGUCUCUCUAGUUCUAAGUUGUUAAUAGCACACCUCUCUUGUCUCUUCUUUCUUUUACCUUUCCUGUGUGAAAGUAAAUGCAGUUAACAGAUUUUUACUCACGCCAACAUUCAACAACACAGCCAUCGCUGCUAUUAUCAAACACUUUUCAUUACCCAGCUCAAUAUCCCUCUAGUUUGUCUUUGUGCAUUCUGCUGCGUGUACAUUAAACUAAAGCAUUUUCCCUUACUCAGAGAGUUUUCCAGAAUAGCUGUACUUGGUUGACAGGCAGCCUUAUUACCAGGGUGACUUGGGUGCUGUGGAAAGCAUAGAGAAAACGAGAGAAUGAGUUCACUCUCAUUUCCGUUUUCCUGCCUCCCUGCCGUCUGCAACACAGUGUCUGCCACUCCUUCUGCCUAGUGAUAGCCAGGUCAGACAAGGAGGCACCACACCGUCUGUGUCUGUCUGGCUGGCUGGCUUUCUUAUACAGAAUAAUAUGAUAUGGUGACAUUGAUGUACUGUGGCAUGAAGGGGAAAAAGCUGUGAGGUUGAGGCAAGGGCAUGGACAGGGGGCCUCCUGAGCAGCUAUGGGCUGCCUUCAGAGCUGGUGCUACCUGUAGGGCUGGUGCCGCCUGCAGGGCUGGUGCUGCCUGUAGGGCUAAUUGGACCGGCAGGGUUACCCUCCUCAGGCUUAGCUGGCGUAAAUGACUUCACGGAGUGGAAUAAGGUGGCUUGGUGCUCCAGGAAGCAGGUUGAUGGCUGAUCUGUGUGUGGCGACAGAGCUUGAUUACUGCAUUAGAGUGAGAGUGCACUACUGCCAUCUGUGACUGACUGUCUUUCUCUAGUUGUAUCUACACAUCACUUCCCUUCUCUCUGCUCUGAGAGAACAAACACACCACGCCCCAGAAGGAUAUGACACAUUAGUGGUACUGACCAAGGGGUUGUAUCACAUGGUACACCACUAAUCAGGAAAACUUCCUGGAUUGUUUUAUGGCUGCAGCCACCCGGGCGGUCAUACAGGUAUUAGGGCUAAUGAUUAAUGUCAAGUCAUUACUCACACACACUACUUAUUCCCGUCUAACCCUCCCCCUUCAUGAAUGGGGUUAAUCCUAUGCUGCCUGACUGAUAUUUAACUCCUUAUUUACUGUAACGUGCAAAUACCCUGGCUACGUCCCAAAUGGCACUGUGUGUAUUCCCUAUAAGGGACCGAAAACUGGGGCUGUGUCCCAAAUCACCUCCUAUUCCCUACAUAGUGCAAUACUUUUGUCCAGAGAACUAUGGGCCCUGGUCAAAAGUAGUGCACUAUGUAGGGAAUAGGACGUGAUUUGGGACACACCCCCAGUUUUCGGUCCCUUUCUGCUUCUUAAAGGUAUUGAUUUUGGGACCUGCGUGCCACCUAAAUAAAAACCAUGAGCUGGCGCACACCCAGAGAAAAUGAUUUAGUGUAGAGGUGCUGACUAACGGUGAAUAAACUGUAAGCUAUAAAAACAAAGCGAGUCGCACACUCUAUGUAUAAACUCCCAGUAAUGUAUUGGGUAAACCACCUGCGUGCCACAUACCAUUACCUAAUACUGUCACAAACAACAAUCUAAUGAGACUAAGAGACAGGUGCAGCUGGGGUUGCCGGGGAGAAGGAUGGCUCCUAGCGACUAAAACAUUUAUUAUGAUGUGUUGUCGUCAUGUGAUCAGCCGGGCCAUGAAUCACACAGUGUGUGUGGCUCAAUAUAGGACAGGAAGGAUGUUGUAAUCUGUGGCUGCACGUAGCCAUGACAAGCCGCCACAGGUUAUUUUGGAAAGUUAUGGCAUGACUAGUGAUGUCAUUUAAAAGAUAUGAUUGCAGAAGAGGAAGCAGUUUUACUGUGGAUCAUUCCAAUUUCUAAAGGCAGAAAUUUAGCCUCUGUUCACUUCCUUUUGUUGCAAGUGUGAGUAGCAAGCAUCCCGGGUGUGUUCUUGAAGAUGGAAGUGAACCAGAGAGAUUAAAAUAUCCACUGACUGUGCAGACUCAGGAUGCAUCUGGGCAGCACAACAGAUGUGGAUCAGCAUAAUCCCUUUUUUUCACUGUAGCCUACAUGUUCAAGUAUAAUUUGGUCAGGAUCCAUCAACUUUUCUAGUGCUGAGUGUUGAGUAUACUGUGAAUAACAAUGAUAGUUUUACUGGUACGCUCUACACCACAUGCAAAUACAGCUGGACAAGAGUAGUAAGACAGACCUGGUUUGAAUUAAUUUCCAUGAGCAACAUGAAUGGGAGUUUUAAGGGCAGCUCUGCCCUGAGGGCAGUGUGAGCAGUUCAGUUAAACAGAUCCUAAUGUCACUUGUAAUUACUGAUGUGGAUCUGUCCCUCAGGCCACUGGCUCUUUAGACAGACUCAUUAUGUCCAAUUCUCCAUGGGUACAACAUCACCAUUGUCUCUGCAGAUCAGAUUAUCUUCCUUCUGUCACAAGUGGUAAAUUACUAGCACGAAAAAGGCCCAUACCGCUGUCCUCUCAUUGUACAGUCAGGUCCAGAAUUAUUGGCACCCUUGAUAAAGAUGAAUAAAAAGAUUGUAUAAAAUAAAUAAUACGAGUACUGAGCUAUAUUGUAUGCUACAUUUUUUAUACUAAUACAAUUUCUCAGAGAAAGCGAUUUUGAUUACAAAUAAAAAGGUAUUUUCUCAAAAAAUAAAUUAUUGGCACCCCUGUUUUCAAUACCUUUCAAUACCUCCACUUGCGAGGGUAACGGCACUGAGCCUUUUUCUCAAAUGUUUUAUGAGAUUGGAGAACACAUUGGAAGGGAUCUUAGACCAUUCCUUCAUACAUAAUCUUUCCAGAUCCUUGAUACCCUUUGUCUGCGGUUAUUGACUGCCCUCUUCAAUUCAAACUACAGGUUUUCAAUGGGGUUUAAGUCCGGACACUGAGAUUGCCAUUGUAAAAUGUAGAUUUUGUGUUAUAUUAAACAUUACCUUGUGGAUUUUGAUGUGUGGUUGGGGUUAUUGUCUUGCUGGAAGACCCACUUGCGGCCCAGUUUCAGCCUCCUGGCAGAGGCAACCAGGUGUUUGGCUAAAAUGUCCUGGUACUGGGUAAAGUUGAUGAUGACCUUAACAAGGGCCCCAGGACCAGUGGAAGCAAAAUAGCCCCCAUAACAUCAAAGAUCCACCAUCAUAUUUUACAAUAGGUAUGGGGUUCUUUUCUGCUUAUGCAUCCUUAUUUCAAUGCCAAACCCAACACUGGUGUGCGUGGCCAAAGACCUCUAUUUUCAUGUCAUCCUGCAAAUGUAAACGCCUGGAGUUUGCUAAAUGGCAUUGGCACUUGGAUUUGAACCAGUUCUUUGGUCAAAUUGAAAAUACAGCUCUUUGGCCAUGUACACCAGUGGUGGGUUUGGUAUCGAAAUAAGUAUGCAUAAGCAGAAAAUAACACCAUACUUACUGUCAAAUAUGGUGGUGGAUCUUUGAUGUUAUGGGACUAUUUUGCUUCCACUGGUCCUGGGUCCUAGUCUCCGGACAAAGGAUAUCAAGGAUAUGGAAAGAUUCUUUAUGGAGUAACGGUCUAAGAUCUCUCAAAAUGUGUUCUCCAAUUUCAUAAAACAUUUUAGGAAUAUACUCAGUGCCAUUAUCCUCGCAAGGGGAGGUAUUGAAAACAGGGGUGCCAAUCAUUUUGACACAUAUCGUUUUGAGAAAAUAAAUAUGACUUGUUACUUUAUCUGAGCUAUUGUAUUAGUAUAAAAUUAUAUAAAAACUUUUUUUUUUUGCAUAUACGUUUUAUUUUGCUCACUAGUUGUAUUAUUUAUUUUAUAGUAUUUUUUGCUAAUCUUUAUCAAGGAUGCCAAUCAUUCUGGACCUGCACAUGCAGUCAACAGGGCAUGUAAGGUGAUGAUCUGUUGCAGUUCUCAAUUUCUCCGGGCUUCAUGUUGGGGUAGACUCAACUGAGCAAACUAAACCAAGUAUUUGUGAUAUUUAGCUAUUUGACCCAUGUCUGACUCUAACACAUCUAACCACCUCUACAUGCACCACAACACAUCAUGUUGUUUCUGCUUUCCCCCCCAGACAUGCUCAGCCAACUACAGCUUCAUCCCAUACAUGGUGACGCCCCACAACAAGGUGUACUGCUGCGAGAGCAGCCUGAUGAAGGGCCUGACAGAGCUGAUGCAGCCCAGCUUCGAGAUGCUGCUGGGGCCCAUCUGCAUGCCCCUGCUGGACCGCUUCGUCCAGCUGCUCAAGGUGCCAAAGGCCAACUCC